GCACGAUGUCCCCUAGCAUCACACAGGGGCCAGCACUGAUGCUGGGAGGUCUGUCUCUGUCCCAGCCUUGCCAUGGCAGAUGAAUACUUCACCCACAAGGGGUUGCUGUUCCCAUGUCUGAAUUACUCCACUGCGGCGCUGAGCUACGUGGAGAAUGAAUUCCAGGUGCGGGACAACGACAUCUUCAACGUCACCUACCCCAAGUCAGGCACUAACUGGAUGCUGGAUAUUCUGAGUCUGAUCCGUUGUGACGGGGACCCCGGCUGGGUGUGCAGCGUGCUGAACUGGGAGCGAUCGGCCUGGGUGGACAACAAGAAUGGGCUGAAGGCUGCCCUGAAAUACCCCCCGCCCCGGCUGAUCUGCUCCCAUCUCCCUGUUCAGCUCUUCCCCAAGUCCCUGCAGCGCUCCGAGGCCAAAAUCAUCUACACCCUGCGCUGCCCCAAGGACGUCCUGGUCUUGCUCUACCACUUCUCCAAGCUGCUGCACCUUUUCAAGGACCCUGGCUCAUUGGAUUCCUUCUUUGAGGAUUUCCUGAGCGGGAAUGUGGCCUAUGGCUCCUGGUUCGACCACGUCACCGGCUGGAUGGGGCUGAAGGGCAACGGGAACUUCUUCCCCAUCACCUACGAGGAGCUGCAGCAGGAUCCACUGGGCAGCGUGCGGAGAAUCUGCCACUUCCUGGGGAAGGAGCUGAGUGAGGAGCAAGUGGCCGCUGUGGUAGAGAACGCCUCCUUUCAGAGCAUGAAGGGGAACAAAAUGUCCAACUUCUCCCAGGCGGAGGACCAGUACAUGGACCACCAGAAGGGGGAGUUCUUGAGGAAAGGGAUCUGCGGCGACUGGAGGAACCAUCUCUCGGAGGCGCAGAGCCAACGAUUCGACACUGUUUACCGGGAGCGGGUGCAAGGUCUGGGCAUGACCUUCCCCUGGGACUGACGGCCCUGUGCCCGCCACGUCUGUGCCCGCAAUACACCAGCCCUGCGCCACCCACGUGCUGCUGUGCUUAGUGUGCCCUGGGAGAUGCCCCCUGGGGCAGCGUCACUGGGCUGGGGCAUGUGACCAGCAGGGGGCAGCACCCACCCGUGGGCACCCAUCGGGCAGAUCUACAUUUUUACUAAUACGUGUGAACAAAGGGUUUCUUACUAAGAACAGAGACAGACACUGUAAAUCUUGCUUUUGCCUAAUCCAGAUUGGUCUGUUGGUAUAAUGGGACUAGAGAAGAGCAGUUAAAGUCUGCCUGGGCAUGGUGGGAAUGUCAUAUACGAGUGCACACUUGAAAACUGCCUCAAUUCCUUAUCUCACGGCAAGGUCAAACAACCAGUUGGGGGGGCAAGGGGAACUGGGGGGUCGGCAUUUUUAGUAAACACUAAAAACCAAAGAACGGCCUUCCCUUGGCCAGAGCACACCCUCACUCCUUAUACCUCCCAUGGGCUACAAAAGGGGUGGGACAAAGACCCCAACUCACGACACUCCAAAACGGAACAUGACCAUAGGUUGCAAGGGGUGGGGCUAGGGUAUAUUUGGGCCUGCUAAGAAGUGGGUGUGACGGGUUGGAUCACAGAAACCCCCUUCGGGCUGCCAACUAUUGUGCCAAGACUACUUCUGCCCCUGCUUUCCCUGCCAGCUAAGGACUCCAGCAGCCUGUCUUGCUGAGCCAGCCACACCAGUCUGCUCCAACACAGACCCCGGGUCUGAACCACGGGCCCCAAAGCUGCGGACUUAGCUGAAAGCAACUUCAGAAGUGUUCCUGCCUUUACCACUCAGGUGCCCAACUCCCAGUGGGGUCCAAACCCCAAAUAAAAUAUACCUUCUUACUAUAUGUUCCAUUCUAUGCAUCCGAUGAAGUGGGCUGUAGCCCACGAAA